CCAAAACGUCACGAUGACGCUUUUGUCACAUUCGCGCGCGGGCAGUGCAUUUGUUAGCGCGUGCAUCAUAAAGCCUGGGUACGGGAAGGUUACCGGAACAAUUUUAGCGGAGUCCACAGAAAGCAUUUGAGCCUGAACUAUAAACCGCGACAAUGACGGCUACGAACGCUCCACGAGACAGGUAUUACGCUGUAUGGAUUAUAUUGUUCAUCCUGGGGCUGGGAACACUUCUGCCAUGGAACUUCUUCAUGACUGCCACCAUGUACUUCACCAGCCGUCUCCGAGAUUCUGCCCCCGCUGGUGACAAGCAGAACGGGACCCAUGAUGGCACAGAAGGUGACACACGAAGUGUCCUGGAAUCAAAAUUUAACAAUGUGAUGACCCUGUGUGCCAUGGUCCCUCUGCUCAUCUUCACCUGCCUUAAUUCCUUGCUCCAUCAGAGGAUUCCUCAGAAAUUAAGGAUCUGCGGCAGCCUCACUGUGAUCCUGGUGGUGUUUCUGGUCACUGCAGUGUUGGUCAAGGUGGACAUGGAACCUCUAACCUUUUUCAUCGUCACCAUGUUUAAAAUAGUCUGCAUCAACUGUUUUGGUGCAAUUCUGCAGGGAAGUUUGUUCGGCUUGGCAGGGCUGCUCCCAGGGUCUUACACGGCUCCCAUCAUGAGCGGCCAGGGAUUGGCUGGAACAUUCGCAGCCUUUUCCAUGAUCUGUGCAAUCGCCUCUGGCUCAACGCUGCAGGACAGUGCUUUUGGUUACUUCAUCAUGGCCUGUGUUGUAAUUCUGCUGGCCAUCGUUUCUUACAUCUUGCUGCCCAGAAUGGAUUUCUUUAAAUAUUAUGCAAACACCAGUAGUACCAAAUCUUCUGGUGAUGAGGAAAACAAGAUGGACCUCUUGAACAAAGAUGCGCUGGAAAGCAACAAGACUCAGAGUAUAGCGUUAGAUGUGAAUGCUGAAGUUACGGAAAACCCUGCGGAGAAAACUUUAGUAGUGGAUCUGACUGAUGUAAAUACCACACCUUCCAUCUCUGUGUUUGGCAUCUUCAAGAAGAUCAAGGUGAUGGCCCUUUCAGUGUGCUUCAUCUUCACCGUCACUAUUGGAGUUUUCCCUGCUGUGACUGUGGAUGUCAAGCCCUAUAUCGCUGCAGGUGGUACUUGGGCAAAAUACUUCAUUCCCGUGUUCUGCUUCUUGAUGUUUAACUUGAUGGAUUGGGCCGGACGAAGCUUAACAGCAAAGUGCACAUGGCCUGGUAAAGACAGUAUCAUUCUUCCGGGUCUGGUGCUGGUUCGUGUCAUCUUCAUCCCCCUCUUCAUGCUGUGUAACGUGUUCCCCAGGCAAAAGCUGCCUGUAGUGUUCGCCCAUGACGCCUGGUACAUCGUUUUCAUGAUUGUCUUCUCAUUCAGCAAUGGCUAUCUCGCCAGCCUGUGCAUGUGCUUCGGACCGAAGAAAGUGGCCCAGCAUGAAGCAGAGACAGCCGGGGCCAUCAUGGUCUUCUUUCUGUCCUUGGGUCUGUCGUUGGGAGCUGCACUGUCCUUUGGCUUCAGGGCACUGAUCUAACACAUCUUACUCAGUAUAUCACCCUCUGGGAGAGAAAGUAAAGGACAAACAUUACCAAACUGCUCAACUGUGCCAUUUGAAAACACAAGGAUUUAGUAUUUAAUCAGUCUUCCAAGUUUAAUAGAACUACACUUUUGCCUGAAGAUAAAUUUUACUUAUUCAGAAGAACAUGUUCAUGGCCUCGUGGUUUUCUUUUAACACCCCUGGAACAGACGGGUUUGUUGAUGAAAAGCGAUUUACCACAAAACUGUUCCAUCUAAAGCCAUUGUGUAAGUAAAAAAAAUCCUAAUUGGAUUAACUUGUGGUUUAAUUUUCCCUCUUUGAUCUCUUUGAACUUUUUGUUUCAGUUGGAAGUAGUAGUAGAAGUUUUGCGGAAAUGCCAGUUUUAUUUUAUUCUCCUAACUUUAAUAUUUAGCAUUAUUUUUUAAUAGGUGUUAGUACUAAUGUCACCCAACAGGGGGCAGUAGUUAACACUACACUGUACAUUUCUUUUUGCAUGUUGUUAGUUGGAACCAUAGAAUUAUUUUUAUUGUAUUAUUUAAUUUUUUUUUUUACUUGUGUAACGUUGAGUACAAAAGCCUUAAAGUACUGCAGCUUUUUCCCUCUACAUCAAAAAAAUGUGUGCGGAAAAUACAGUGUGUACAAUAUUUGUGCUUUAAAAAUAGUCGAGAUAGAUCUCUCUUAUUAUGCAAGUUAUUAAUGUAAAUCGUAUUUUAGAAUUGUUUUUAUUUUUAAAAGGGAAACUGACAGCCAACAACACGACAGUAACUGUGAACAAACAGAAUGAUAUUGUUCCCUGAAAUUCCAUUUUUUUGGUUUAUUUUUUAAUUGUGGGCAUGUAAAGAUUUUACAGGUGCCAUUAUAAAAAUGCCAUAAGUUUUGUAAAAAAAAAAAAAGAGUUUCCUUUUCUUCUGUUGUACUCCGGUGUAUCCACAUGCUGGAUAAAGAUGAAGGUGAAAAGUUUAGCAGUUAAUAGCUGCCAUUUCUCGUGUUGUUUUUUCAUCAUGCCAGUGAUUCAGCGUUCUGCGCUGCCAUGCGGAGUUCAAGGCAUCAGGCUCGAGUGUGUCCAAUAAAACCUGAGCUGAAUUCUGUGUGUACGUUAA